AUGGUAGACCAAAUCCCCCAGCAGAUGCGCGCUGCAUCCAUCAAGGACUUCAACAAGGGCUACGAAGUCAAGUCCGUCGAUGUUCCCACCGAGCUUGGCCCCAAUGACGUCCUCGUCAAGGUCGCCGCCGCCGGAUACUGCCACACCGACCUCCAAGUCCAAGAAGGCGUCUACGCCUCUUCCGGUGCUAAACCUGGUCUGAUUGGUUCCCACGAGCCUGUCGGAACAAUCGUGAAGGUCAGCCCGGAGGCCGAGAAGAAGGGAUGGAAGAUUGGCGACCGCGUGGGGUCCAUCAACACGUAUGGCUGCUGCGGGUCAUGUAACUCUUGCAACAAGGGCAAGCAGCUGUGCGACAACUUGACAGGCAUGCUUGGCCUGACCGUCGAUGGCGGUUUCGCUCAGUACAUGAAGGCGGAUGCGAGGGUAAUCUGCAAGGUCCCUGAAGAGAUUCCCUGGGCCGAAGCGGCACCAUUGUUCUGUGCAGGUGCCACUGUUUACGGUGCUCUUGUGGCAGCGGAUCCAAAGCCCGAUCAGUGGCUGGCAGUGAUUGGUAUUGGUGGACUGGGACAUUUGGCCAUUCAAUACGCAAAGGCCAUGGGUGCCAAGGUCAUCGCGAUCGAUAACCGACAAGAAGGUAUCGACUUGGCGAACGACGUCCCGUCGCACCUGAAGCCCGACCGCACAUAUGUCCUCGACAGCAAGGAGGAAGAGUCGAACUGCAUCCAAGAGCUCCAGACAUCAUUCUACGACACCAACCCCGGUGUUGACCGCGUCGUCAUCACCACGGAAGCUCGACCACUAGUCAAGUUUGCGCAACAAUUCUUGAGAAAGCGAGGCGUGCUUGUGGAUGUUGGACUCCCAGCCGAUGGCCCCUUUGAGGUCGACCCAUUCGCGUUGAACUUCAAGGAGCAGACUAUUCGUGGGGCAUUGAUUUGCACACCCGAGCGCAGCAGGGAGAUGAUUGAGCUGCACGCGAAGAACAAGUGCACGACGCAUAUCGAAAAGACUUUUAGCGUCGAGCAGGCGAAUGAGAUGGCGGAGCACUAUCUGUCGAAGCAGUUGAAGGGACGGCUAUGCAUGGUUUUCUAA